UUCGUUACGCAUUGCAUAUCUUCUUCGGAUUAAUUUACGUGCUAUAAAUCGCGCCAUUUCUGAAGGCGAUCGAUGCGAUCCUGCUUCUGGAACGCUUCUUGUGAUACAUGUGAAUCGAGGAAAGGGAAAGUGUUGGCAUUAUGUUGUUAUUUAGGGUGAAACUAUGUUGAAGAAUUUUAUGUAACAGUGGCAAAGUUUGCAUAGCGACAAUUGUAUCUGUCUAACAACAAUUCAAUUGGAAGGUGCAAAGAAGCACAUUGCGAUAUUUUAUUCGUUGUAAAAGGGAGCGCUCGGAGGAUCGUUCGGGCGAGUGAAACGGAAUUCCUAGAGAUCACCAAUCCCAGCAUCGAGCCAGCCAGCCAGCCAGCCUCCUGCACUGUGAUUCAAUCGCAAGUUGGACGCUAAAAAGCACGUGAUCACUAGUUAGAACACGAGAACCUUCAUAUCAAUCCGAGUAAGAACAAACGCUGCCACCGUGGAGCAGAAACACGGCCAGACGAUUACUAGCGGCAAGAAGAUGGCCAGCACGGGUGACAUUUGGUUGCAGUGGUUUUCCUGCUGUUUCCAUCAACCUCAAAGUCCCCGGCGUCGAAGGCACCAUCAGCGGUUGCGGAUCGAUCGAUCGAUGAUAGGCAAUCCGACCAACUUUGUACAUACCGGUCACAUUGGCUCGAAUGAUGUUGAGCUAACCACGAACCAUCUUUCCGCCUUACAGAAUCAGAUGCAAAGUAAAGGUGGAUACGAGAUGAAUUCAUUAAGGUUACAGACUUGCUGAUAUUUAACAGCCUAACGAGUAUAUACCAGUACAAGUCAUCGGCAAGCAGAUGGGACAGGUGGAUCAAACAACGCAGCCAGCAGAGUCUUAAGAUAUAGUUGUAAAGUUGGAAAGUAAAAGUACCAAAUUAUUAGAACUACAUUUUAUACAGAAAUGUGCGAAUCAUUACAUCUGGUAGCAAGUUAGGAGUAAAGACACCAUGAGAUGAACACUCACUCGUACAGGCUGAACGAAACAGAAGUGAUCCACGAUAGCAAAUCAAAAGUAUAUCGAGCCAUUGCCAAACCGAUGACAGUCUUCUACUGGUGCGAAGGGCGUUUGUAUUCCCUUUUAGCUCGUUUAUGUACAUUUGUAAAUAGUUUAUACACUGAUAUUACCUAACGUUUUUCUUUCACUACUAUCCCGAUAAACUAAAAGGCCGGUAGUACAGAACUUAACGCGUUUAUUAUUAAUAACUGCCGUUAUACAUCACCAAGAAGAACGAUUUCUCUUCGAUUUUCAAAAACAGUUGCUCGUUUCGCGAUUUAGAUCGUUAAGAUUACUAGUUGUUAAGCUAAUAUGAAACAGUAAUGCAAAAUGUGCAGAAUUUGCAAUAGAAACAUUUAAACCGUACCUCUUUGACGUUCUUUAAACGAUGAAACGUGCGUUUGAAGAAUAGUUUUAUAGAUUCUCUUCUCAACCGGACGUGAGCGCGAUAACGUAAGAAACCGAUCUAUGUGCUAACAGAAUAUAAAGAAAAUAUAGAACAGAUUUAUAAAAAAAAACAGAAUAAAGAUAAUACCUCUAAUGUGCGUUUGUUUCAUC